UUAUCUUAAUUUAUUGCCUUAGAGAUGAUGUAAUUUCAGACCACAACUUUUAUAUUAUUACUGUACGUAGCUAGAAUCUUUUUUUGUGAUGGCCUCUGAACAGUUGACUAGAUCAGCAGAAGAAGAUAAGCUUCUCAAAGAUAUCAGAGACGAGAAGGAAAAGUUGUGGUUGGAAAUACAGGAGCUAAGACGACAGGUGAUUGAUAUCGACAAUGAGCUAGCCGCCCUGGAUGAGGCAAAUGAUGAAGAGAUCAGACAAGAGAAAGAGAAGAUGAGGAUCAUCAGAAAUGGCAGGAACAAGUUCAACGCAAAACCGAAAGACGGCAUAAAGUUCCUACAGUCCAACAAUGUCCUGGGGGAAUCCUCCAAGGAGAUUGCCGAGUACCUGAUGAAGGGAGAGCUACUCAACAAGAGGGCCAUUGGAGACUACCUGGGAGAGGGGAAGGACUUCAACAUUGAGGUGUUAAAGAGUUUUAUUGACCAACAUGACUUUGUAGGGAAGUCUCUAGUGGAGGCAAUCAGAGCCUUUCUGUGGAGCUUCCAUCUCCCUGGAGAGGCACAAAAGAUCGACAGAAUAAUGGAACUAUUUGCCAAGCGCUAUCUUUCCUGCAACCCAGGGCUUGCUCUUGACAACACAGACACUGCGUAUGUCCUCUCCUAUGCAAUCAUCAUGCUGCAUACGAGCAUCUACAAUCCGAGUGUAAGGGACAAACCCACUCCAGAGCAGUUUGUGAAAAUGAACAGAGGUAUCAACAAUGGGAGCGACCUACCACGAGAGUUUCUGGAGGACUUGUACGAGCAGGUAAAGAAGGAGGAAUUCAAGGUUCCUGAUGGUGAGGGUGGUCUGGCAGAGACAUUCUUUAACCCCGAGAGAGAGGGUUGGCUAAUGAAGGAGGGGGGCAAGUACAAGUCCAAACACAAACGCUGGUUCAUCCUCAAGGAACGCAUGCUCUACUACUUCAAGCAGGCUAAUGAUGAUGAUUUGAUUGGCAGUAUUCCAUUAAUGGAGCCCCACCUCAAAGUGAGACUAGUCACUGACCCAAAGUUUCCUCCUCACUGUUUCGAGAUUUACUCAGAGGAUGGUGUCAUCAAAGCGUGGAAGAAAGACUCGGAUGGGAAACCAGUACCAGGGAACCACGAGUUCUACCGUUUGCAGACUGGUGGUCCAGAGGAAGCUGAGUCGUGGGUGCGGUGUAUCGAGGCCAGUAUAGGACAGGACUCUGCCUAUGACGCCUUUCAGCAGCGUAAGAGAAGGAUCACCUGCGUAACAGGGUUAGAGUUGCCGGGGUUCGACUGAGACUGCGCGCAUGUGCAUAAUUAUAACUGAGAUAAUAAUUAUGUUAGUAGGAUGUGUACAAUAAUUAAUCACUCAUGCACUAAUUUUUAUCUCAUUAAUUUUCUGUACAUUAAUUAUAACAUGGUGUUUAGUUCGUUAAUUUUUAUCGUUGUAAAUAAAUAAUUAUUGUUCAUUGA